AUGUUCUGAUAAGAUAGCUCACAACCUAAGGGAAACGAUUUAAAUAGCGACAUCACGAACUAAAUUCCAGUUGCAUUGCGUUUGCCAGCCGAUUUACACGACGAAAGUGCAUUGCAGAAAGGGAAAGUUAAAUAUUUCGAUAUGUUCAAAUUCAAAUCUUAUGUUCCUACCGCAAUCCUCGUGCUUCUAUUCUCCAAUUCGUCAAAUUUCGUCACCGCUAUCUGCAAUGCUUGUUCGAGUACUACUAAUUUAGCCUGCAUAUCGCAAACGCACUACCAAGUGUGCGUCAAUGGCAUACCAACCGGAACUCCCACCAGUUGCCCCAGUAGAUAUAUUUGUUCGACAACUUCUAACGGCAUUUGCCAGUCGAUUGAUGAUACGAAUACAGUCGGCGAUUGCACCGAAAGUACUACUGUCGGUACUACUACCACGAGUAGAUACUUCUUCGACCCAAUUGCGUAUUGUCAAACCAUACUAAUAAAUGGUCGUUUUCGUGUCGGCAAUAAUCUUACAACAACAUGUAAAGCGUAUGUUUAUUGUUUCAUAAAUGGCAACGUCUGGAGUGGUGCGCUCUACUUCUGCCCAGGUGCUACUUACUUUGACAGUUCUACCCGUUAUUGUACACCAAAUGUACCGGCACGUUGCGUCAGUUCUACACUCUGAAGAUUUUCGCACUAAGUUUGGACGCCUAAAUUCAGUCUCCCAAUGUUGGGUUGGCUUUUUUUGCACUUACCUGUAGUCUGUUCUCUUGGGGGAACGGUUUCUCAGCCACAAUGUGAAAUAAAUUUGAAACCAGUGUAGUUUAAAAUUUGAAAUUUAUUGAUAUAAAUUUAUUAAAUUAUUUAAAUAAAAUUAAUUCAAAUAUAUAUA